AUGGAUUUCACAGCAAACAGCAUUGAGUUUCUCGAAUUGCCGAGUGAAAUUCAACUAGAAGUUCUCAGAAAGCUUUCUGUUCGCGAAAUCUGCGCAUUCCGCUGUGUCUCCUCACAGAUGUAUGCAAUGAUUGAGAAUAAUCGAAUGAGGUUUGGCCAGAAGAAAAGUGAAAUCCGUAUCGAUUGCCCCGAAGUUUACAUAAUUGGGGCCGAAUUGGUUCCGAAGCGAAAGAACAUUCCGCCAGCCGAGUGCCUCAACUACAACGAGUACGAGUUUUCCAGACUAUUUCGCGCCUGUGAUAUCGAUAUGCUGCAUAUUGUGAAUAUAAAAAUGUCGGAAGAGUUCGUGUUGUCAUUCCUACGAAUGGUGGCUGUGAACCAGAUCAGAAUCUCCCAGUUCAACUUUGGGAUCUGCCACUUCUCCUGUGACCCGUGCACUUUCUGCCGACUCAUGGAAGUUGUCCAGUUGAAAGAACUGUGCAUCAUGAGCAGUACAGAGGACGAUGAACAGUUCUCUGCCCGUGUUGUCGCUUCUCCCACGGCAAACAAGUUGAAUCGCCUUGCCGUUGGGUUUCCGUCGAGGAUUUCUGAUGACUACCUGCUCUCCUCGAAUCAUAGCUGGCUAGCCGUCAAGGAUACCAACGUCAGCGCAUCGGCUAUUCGGGCGUUCAUACUGGAUUGGAUGCAUGGGCGGAGAUCGUUCGACUAUAUGGGACUGAGCACGAGUUGUCGUCUGGAAGCCGAUCGGAUACUGGAGGAUUUGGAAUAUCGCCAAGUGGACCAUUUCACUGUGAUGUUGAGCAGUAAACACGGUGAAAAGAUGGCGCUGACGAUUGAAGAGAACGCGUUUGUUAUGUACAAUAGGAAUGCCGAGAGAAUCAUGUGCGAAAUAGAGAGUUAG